AUGUUCAGUUCAUGGCUCGAAGGAAGGACUCAGACACACAUGGAUUCCAAGAACGAACCAGACAAGGUACCGGCCGCCAAGUUUUGCACUCAGCUGAACAUCAACCUGCCACUCGCUGUUGGCACGACACCGCUGGUUGCCAUGACAACCUAUUCGCGAGCUCAUACAUGUCUUUCGUCUAAAAGCACUGAUGACAAAGAGGUCACUGUUCCUCGAUUGGACAAGUGGAUCACGGAACUCGAACGACACUUUCUGUCCAGAGAUGACGGCGUCGAGACACAGAAUCAGGCUUCUGACAUGCUUUAUGAACUUUGCACGCAGCGAGGGCGGCUGGGCUAG